AAACCACCCUCUUUCUCUCAUCGUCGACCCUUCCUUCCUUUCUUUCUUUCUUCCUUCCUUCGGUGGGCGGUCUCCUCUUAUUUUGACCUGCUGACCGUUCCUUUACCCUGCCUUCUUACGGUGCCAUACCGGUACUCGCCAGCUCGCCAUCACCACGACCACCUCCUUGCUUUGUUUUCGUUCCUCGUCACCCCCGCUCAUUCUUCACCGUUUGAUAGCGUAUCCUCUGUGAGGGUAGUAUUUUUAUUUUUAUCACCAUCUUUUCUGCUUUCCCUCUCUCUCUCGCUCCGUUGCUGCAACUUUUUACGAGUGGAGGAGAGAAGAGAGAAAGGGGAAAAAAGGAAUAUAAUAAAAAAGCUUUACGAACCCACAAACCACAGGGAUUCGGGUUCCGAUAAGGCAGUCGGUGUCAUGAGCCUUGAAGCGAAGGUUGUUGUUUUGGGAACUCAAGGUUGGUUUGGCUCGUCUUUGUGGUCCCUGGGUGGGAUUACCGGUAGCUGAUUCCGGCGGGUGUUUUUUUUUUUUUCGGAGGGCGGUAGGUGUCGGGAAGACUUCUUUGGUGGUUAGAUACGUCAAGAAUACCUUCGAUCCGGCUUCGGAAUCGACGAUUGGCGCUUCGUUCUUGGCAAAGAGGGUGGUUGUUGAUGAUUGUCUUGUGAGGCUUCAGGUAUGACCUUGAUUGAUAAUCCGGUUAUCCAUGGUUAUCGCUGCUGAUGUUGGUUAUCCCUGUAGAUUUGGGUGAUAACCCCCCUGCACAGCGCUUGUGAUGAUAUAUAUGCCGGUGGUUGUGGGGUCAUGAUUCUGACGGGUAUCGGAUCACCUUUUUGCAGGACACCGCGGGCCAGGAACGCUACCGCUCGAUUUCGAAACUCUACUAUCGUUCCGCUAAUUGUGGGAUUCUUUGCUACGACAUUACUUCGGAAGCCUCGUUUCUGGCGAUGCAUUCAUGGUAAAUAGAACCUCUUUCCCCCUUCUUGCGCUUGCGCUCAACUUGCCCAUCUUUUCUCCCCUGAUAUUAUUAUCUUCCACAUGCACACAUACAUCGGUUUCUUCGUCUUUUUCUUUUUUUUUUUUUUCCCAUGCCAACUUAAAAACCAAUACCCCGUCAAUGCUACUUCUAAAGGCUUGUCGAACUCAAGAAGAAUGUAAACAACCAAAACAUAAUCAUCCACAUCGUUGGUACGAAAGCGGAUCUCGUCAAUGCGGACCCCUCGAAGCGUGAGGUUUCAUUCGAUAGGUGCGUUGCCUACGCCGCCGAGCAUCUGGGUGAUGGUGAGGAUGCGUCGUGGCUGGGAAUGGAUACCUGCCAUGAGAUUUCUGCGAGGGAUGAUCAAGGUGAGUUUUUGCCCCCGUCCAUGCUGCAUUAAACGGUGCCCUUGCCCGCUUUUCCCCGCACGGACUGGUAAUAGACGUCUGUCUGGUGGUCGCAGGAAUCGAUGAGGUGUUUCAGGUAAUUGCGCGCAAGCUCGUUGAGCGCCGUGCGGAGAUUGAUCAUGAGAGAAUAUAUGGACCCGGGUAUUCCGGUGAAUUUGGAAGAGGAAGGGGUGGGGUGGAUGCCGCAGGUGAACGUGGCGGGGUGAAGAAGAAGAAGGGUGGCAUAUGUUGUUAG